CAUAAAUAGCAUCAAAACAAGAAACUCGAAGAUAUAGAACAUUCUUUUUUUUUGGCUUUUCGGGCUUUGUCGCGCUAUCCUACCGGAUAAUCAAUCUUUCUCUCCACGCAGAUCACUACCAGUUCAGUGAUUAUUCUCUACAGUAUACGUUGUUUUCUAGUUGGAAAGUAGCUAUGGAUCAGGCAGAGCUUAGACAGAUGGAAGAUGAAACAAGUCCAAUGAUGAAAACUAUUAAGGGUGCAACCUCAGGUCUAGUUGCAGGCACAAUUUGGGGUACCAUUGUUGCUACCUGGCAUGAUGUGCCUCGAGUUGAGAGGAGAAUUGCAAUUCCAGGUCUAAUUAGGACAUUGAAGAUGAUGGGUAAUUAUGGGAUGACUUUUGCUGCUGUUGGUGGAGUCUACAUUGGUGUCGACCAGGUGAUGCAGAAGUAUAGGAUGAAAAGAGACUUUGUAAACGGUGCUGUUGGUGGAUUUGUUGCUGGUGCUUCCGUUCUGGGUUAUAAAGGAAGGAGCAUAUCCUCAGCAAUCUCUGCGGGAGCAGCACUUGCAGUGACUUCUGCUGUCAUUGAUGCUGGAGGUCAGACCACAAGAAUUGAUAAUGGCAAGGAGUACUAUCCUUACUCCCUCAAGAAGAGGCCUAAUGUCGAAAGCUAGUUGGAGCACUCGGAUAUUUAAUGUACUUCUGGGCUGUGUUUUCUGGCUUCUUAUCUUUGUUUCUGUUCUCGUAUGGCGAAUUUGAAUAAGUUACUAUUAUUUUUUAGUUUCUACCAUGAGAAGAAAUCUCCAUUUGGACGCAUGUAGUUUUGGAUUAUGUUCAAAUGACCUAGAAAAGCUGUCGGGAGGUGUUGGAGCAUUUUCUUGCAAUGUGCUUUCGUUGUUUAACGGAGAAUAAUUGUUAGAACUGGUUUAUAUAUACUUUUUCACCAUUGAUUUUCACCA